AUGAACUCCUUUGAAAAUUUUAAGGAGAUCACUUUAACGACCUACUACAAGUACAUCACUAGUGAGAACUUGUACUUGCACAUUUGGAACAAGCGGCACGACAGGGAGAGUUACUCCUUAAAGGUGAACAAUUUGCAAGACGGUGGGAGACAGAAGAGGAGAAAGCACGUCCAGUUGGUUAGGAAGAAUAUCGAGAAUUACUCCUACUACUGUAGUGAUAGUCACGUCGGUGUGGAGUGGAAGUUACAAUUGGAAAUUGUAAAAUAUAAACUCCUAGAGGUGAUUAACCGGCGGCUGCAGAGGUAUACGAACCGGGAGAGUGGCGGUCACAUCGGAAAUGCGAAUAAUCUACACCACAGGCACGUUAAUACGAAUGAGCCCAACUUCCAACAGAAGGGUGAAGCCACCACGGUGAAGCCAAACAAGGAGGCCCUCAUGUACCUGGUGGAGGAAGCCGAAUAUGCCAGCAUUGUCUUAAAUAACCUCCUCAGUCAGUACAAGCACCUGCUGAAAUGCUUCCUCUGUCUGUCGAACACCUUUUUCGAUUACCACCAGCACGUGGUCAUUUUCAAGACGAUCGUUUUGUCCCAGCAGAUUCGUCCCCACGCGUUCUGGCUCUACCUUUACAUCAACCUGGAGGAGGCGUUCACCUUCGCUUCGCUGCUCCACGGCAUCGUCCAGGUGAAGGUAGAAAGCGUCGACGAGGAAGACAAAUACAACGAGGACUGCAAGGCACUCAACAGCAACAUUUUCAAGACCCUCCAGCAGUGCAUCUUCGCACUCAAGUCCAAACCCCUGGAUCUAACCGAGAGGAUAAACUCCUACAACGUGGUGGACGUGAUCUACGCCGUCGUCAUGAAUGAGAAUUACAACUUCCACAGCUACCAGAACAACCUGGAGGACAACAUAAAAAAGCUGACGUCCUGCGAUUCAUUCAUAAACGGUGUUGUGAGUAAGAACAUCGUCGUUCCGGUAGAACUUAAAAAGUGA